AUGAUAGAAUACAAAGGAGGCAAGCUUUCAACCCUGUUCACAAGUCUAUUUUCUUUUCUCUUUUUGUAUGAAAUAUUCUUCCAAUCAUCUUGUACAACAUUGUCUACGCUUGGAAUAUCAGGUAAUGAUCUUUUUACAGGGGUGUCAUCUUUAGAUGAGCAGGUAGUCACCCUGCCCGAGUACAUGAAGAAGAGGUUUGCCAGUGAAAGAAUUCGGACAUAUCUGGCUGUUCUCUCACUCAUGCUCUACAUCUUCACUAAGAUCUCCGUAAGAUGCUGUGGUCUAGCGGCUGUCAUCUACACGGACACGCUGCAGGCAUUCGUUAUGGUCGUUGGAGCCAUCGUCCUCACCGUACUCAGCUUCAUCAAAGUGGGCGGUUAUGCAGAACUGUACAGGAGGUACCCACUUGCCAUCGCAACAAACAACAUCUCACACCUCUCGUCCUACAACAAUAUCAACAACAACAACAACAUCAACAACAACAUCAACAGCAGUCUCAUUUUUCUGAUGCCCAUUGGAAACAUCAGCCUCAACAAUGCUAGCUUAUACACGUCAGCCACAAGAAGCAACUCAACCUGCGGCGUGCCCAGUCCACAUGCAUGGGACAUGUUGAGGGGGCCCACUGAUCCUGAUAUGCCCUGGCCUGGUUUCUUAUUGGGUCAAACUCCUGCUUCUAUCUGGUACUGGUGUGCCGACCAAAUGAUAGUUCAAAGAACAUUGGCGGCAAAGAGUUUGAGCCACGCACAGGGUAGCACGUUGUUUGCUGGGUUCCUGAAGGUUCUGCCUGUCUUCAUUCUUGUGCUGCCUGGCAUGAUCAGUAGAGUGCUCUUCACUGAGGAGGUGGCAUGUAUUGAUCCAGACAUCUGCAUGAAAGUCUGUCAGAACAAGAUGGGAUGUAGCAACAUUGCAUUUCCUAAACUGGUGCUUGAGAUCAUGCCUGCUGGGUUGAGAGGGAUCAUGAUGUCUGUCAUGCUGGCUGCCCUUGUGAGUGACCUGACCUCAAUAUUCAACAGUGCCAGCACUUUGUUUACUAUGGACAUUUAUGGCAGAUUUCGAAGACAUGCUGCCAACAGAGAACUCAUGAUUGUUGGGAGAGUAUUUGCCUGUUUCAUGGUGUUGGUGGGUAUUGCAUGGAUACCCAUCAUACAAAACAUGCAAGGAGCCCAGCUGUACAUCUACAUCCAAUCAAUAGGUGCCUACUUGUCCCCUCCAAUAGCAGCCGUUUAUUUACUCGCCCUUCUCUGGCCACGAGCCAAUGAAAAGGGAGCCUUCUGGGCCUUGAUGAUUGGUUUGUUAAUUGGGUCGGUUCGAAUGAUAUUGAACUUUGUGUACCCUGACCCACAUUGUGACGAAUCAGAUGACAGAAACAUCCUCAUACGUUUGCAUUACAUGUAUUUUGCGGUUGCUCUCUUUGUGAUCGCCGUAGCAACUGAUGUGCUGGUCAGCUUGUUGACCAAGAAACCGUCUGAAGAACAGCUGCAUCUGACGACGUACUGGACGAGACAGGGAGCGUCAGUGGGAGGUGAUGUGUCGCCCAGAGAUGAGAUCAUCGUCGAAAGGUUGAAAUCCUCCUCAUAUGAUGCCACCAACGUUUCAACCAACCCCAGCAUCCACAGCGUUCCUGGGAAUGAUGAUGAACAUGCUAACCCAUCCUUCAGUAAUAUCCACGACAAUGGUGAUGUCGUCAUAACCGAAUUUAAAUACAUCAACACUGCAGCUGAACAUGCUGUGAAGAGUGAUUCGCCUGCCGUCAUGAGCCAAACAAUUUCGCGCUCCACGACCCAUCAGGACUCUCACCAAUCAUUUUCCGUCAGUCAUAUUCUGAAGGAAUGGUUCAAAUGGUUCUGCGGUAUGAACGCCGCUGAUGACGAUGUCGAUUCAAUCAUCAAAACGAAAACAAAUUUGGAAGAUUUGAAGCAGUUGAAACAAACGCGGAAAGAAAAAAUUGUCCUUUACAUCUUCCUCAUCAUUCUUCUCGUACUUACCACAGUUCUCUUUAUUGUCUUCAGUUUGGGAAGUGAUCUUGGAUUGUUGAGAAAGUAA